AUGUUACUCAGCGCCGAGGUGGACAAAGAUAUGGUGCCCAAUCAUGGGGCUACAGCAUUGCACCUCGCUGCUGACUUAGGCCACGUGGAUGUGGUACACUUGUUGCUGUCGGCUGGGGUUGACAAAGACAAGGUCACUAACGAUGGAGCAACAGCUUUGCACAUGGCGGCCUUCAACGGCAACCUGCAAGUUGUGCCUUUGUUGCUGGAGGCUGGGGUUGACACAGACACCGGCACAUCGAAAGAUGGAUCAACCGCUUUUCAUUGUGCAGCUGAACAUGGCUAUCUCGAAAUUGUUCGGUUGUUGAAAGAGAGCGGGGCUGGCAAAGACGAGGUCACAAGCAAUGGGGAGACGGCCUUGCAUUUGGCAGUCAAGAAUGGCCACUUGGAAGUCGUGCAUUUGUUGCUGCAUGUGGAAAUUGGCAGCUGA